ACAGCAGCAGGACCCAGCAGAGAACAGCAGCGGUGGCAUCACAAAGCUCCGCCCAUGCUCAAAGUCGACCCCAGAACAGAAGAUACGGCGGAAGAUUGCAGGAGAAUCAGAGCAUGUAACGAGACCAGCUAUAUUCCUUUAAGAUGAUGUAAUAGUUAUUUCCCUGGUUGGUUUCUUCCCUGCACUGCUGAAAUAGCACCAUCUCAGAACAGCCCUGGGAACUGUGGAUCCACCCAGCUCAGCAGCUAGAACAGGCUCAGCAUCCAAGCAACAGAGCACCCAGAGCUGAAUUCUCAGCUAUCACUGCCGCCUGCUCCUCCUAUCCCUUCCACUGCUCUCAGCCUUCCUGGAAGUAUGUUAGCCUCUGUGUUCCUGCAAGUACAUGGAAUAUCAGAUGUGCACCCCGCUCCAUGCUGGCUGGCUCUUGUAAUGGGGAGGUUUUUGCUAAGCAUUUAGAAGCCAGCAUCCCAUCUGGAGAAAGCUUUUUCAUCUCCCUUAAAUACAAGCCAGUCUUAUUUUUAGUGUUGCUUUUUAUUUCUUGACCAACACAACUAAGAAGGCAUCACAGCCACUGCUACCCCGGAGCUGCUAACUUUCUACACUUGAUAAGAGCUACACCUAUCCCAUACUUUUAUUUUUUGUAUUAUUUUAUAUUGAUUUCUAUUUGUGUGUGUAUAGAAAGUGUCAUCUUUUCCAUGUAAAAGGAUUAUGCCACUCAGAUCCUCGUAUGUCUGUCUGUUCAGUGUGACCUUCCAUCCAGUGAGUUCAGGGGGAUGUAUAUUCUUUUUAUGCUGGUUUAGCAAGUUAUUAUUCCAGUGGAUUUGAUCUAGGACACACCACAGACUGUUAUGUUCAUGACCAAUUGUAUCUGACUUCAUGACCAAGAAAUAUAGAAACAGAAGAGAGUUUUUGCACUUUGGGAAUAUACUGUUCAGUUUUUCCCUUCAGUUUUAAAAUUCAUGAACAAUUUGCACCGAGAUUAGUGGAAUCUGUUAAAAAAAAAAAAAAAAGCACAAUGGCUUUAAGUGGAAACUGCAGAACUUAUGCUCCACCUAGAGACCAAGGGACCAUCCUGCAAUCUUUUCCGGAGGUGGUUGAAUUAAAUGUCGGUGGGCAAGUUUACUUUACACGCCAUUCAACAUUGACCAGUAUACCCCAUUCUUUGCUGUGGAAAAUGUUCACUUUGAAAAGGGACUCUAUAAAUGACCUGGCCAAGGACGCCAAAGGACGAUUCUUUAUUGACCGAGAUGGGUUUCUCUUCCGUUAUGUUCUUGACUUCCUCAGGGACAGGCAGGUGGUCUUGCCAGAUCACUUCCCUGAAAAAGGGAGAUUGAAAAGAGAAGCGGAAUAUUUUUUGCUCCCAGAGCUUGUGAAGAUUUUAGCACCUGAUGAAGUAAAACAGAGCCCGGAUGACUACUGCCACAGUGACUUUGAGGAAGUCUCCCAAGGAAGUGAAACAAGAAUAUGCCCAUCAUCUUCUUUAAUGCCUUCAGACAGAAAAUGGGGCUUCAUCACUGUUGGUUAUAGGGGAUCUUGCACUAUGGGCCGAGAAAGUCAAGCGGAUGCAAAGUUUCGAAGAGUUCCAAGAAUUCUGGUUUGUGGUCGUAUCUCACUAGCCAAAGAGGUUUUUGGAGAAACACUAAAUGAAAGCAGAGAUCCUGACCGAGCUCCAGAAAAAUACACAUCAAGGUUUUAUCUCAAAUUCAAGCAUCUAGAGAGAGCAUUUGACAUGUUAUCAGAGUGUGGAUUCCAUAUGGUAGCCUGUAACUCCUCAGUGACAGCUUCAUUCGUCAAUCAGUAUACCGAUGACAAGAUAUGGUCCAGUUAUACAGAAUACGUUUUUUACAGAGGACCUUCUAGGUGGCCAUCAACUCAUUGCGACUGCUGUUGUAAAAACACAAAAGUGGACAAGGAGGGUGAAAGUGGAACAUCUUGCAAUGAACUCUCUACAUCCAGCUGUGACAGCCAAUCAGAAGCCAGCUCUCCUCAAGAGACAGUCAUCUGUGGUCCGGUGACCCGCCAGCCCAACAUACAGACUCUCGACCGACCAGCUAAGAAGGGACCAGUGCAGAUUCUUCAGCAGUCUGAGAUCCGACGGAAAAGUGACCUUUUACGAACUUUAACUUCUGGGUCUAGAGAGUCCAACACUAUUAAAAAAAAAGUGACGAAAGAAAAGCUUUCUAUCGAAGAAGAGUUAGAAAGGUGUAUUCAAGAUUUUAUGAAGAUAAAAAUACCAGAAAGAUUUCCUGAGCGGAAAUACUCCUGGCAAUCAGAUCUGUUACGGAAAUAUCAUCUAUAGAGAGGAGAGGGGGAUGGGUUAUUAUGAAUCACAAUUCUAUGGUACAUGAGACCUAUUGUUCAUUUGAUAGUUUGUCAUCAUCAUGUCCACUUAAACUACUGCCUAUAUACAUAAAUCACCUAAACCCCAUUGCUGCUGGAUGGACCUAUUGCCCCCAUCUACUUUCAUCGACUUGUUUCAGCCAGCAACAUUGGCAUUCUCAUUACUAGUUACAGGGUAUUAUUUUUAUUUUCUCCGUGAAAGCACAACAUGUAUUAUUUUCAUUGAUAUGUAAAAUGGCUUCUACAAACACUAACUGCGCAAGCACAAUGGAUUGGUGAAUAUGAUCCUGGGAUUGUUGUUUGAAUUUUUUUUUUUACUAUUUUUAUUAUUAUUAUUUUUAUUUUAUUUUUAGAAUGUCAGUGUUUUUGUCUUUUUUCUUUCCAAAAGGUUGAUGGAAGAGUGUCACUUCAAAAAUGCAUGUUUCCUUACUGGAGUAUGGAGGUCACAUGAGUAAAACAGAAAAAAAAAAUAUAUAUAUAUCAUGAUGGUUUACAUUUAGUGAAUAUAUUACUGCAUAAAUUCUUGGUCUUGUUAUAUCCUUGUUACUCUGCACUUUCUUUCGAGUUGACCGGCUGCUUUUUGUGGUCAUAUAAUCUGUGGCUGCUUCAUUAUCUCUAUUUUUGUAGGAUGCUGAGAUGUGUGGAUGGUGUUUAUCACAAACAAAUAAAAGCCCUUCCCUUAUUUUAGUCUACAGACACCCAUCAUCUAUGUGGACUCCAAGUAGGGAAACAUUCCUAUUCAAAUGGACACUCUGCAAGAAAAUUACUGACCAAUGUUUGCAAAAUACAGGGCUUUUGUGGUGACAAAUAAUGUGUAAAAAUCAUAGGUGUACAAGUGCAUAAUAAAGUCUAAAGUGCUCAUUCACACGAAAA